UAGUAUAAGUACAUGUAUGAUGUCGGAGGUGUGCAUUAGUUAGGGUCAAACUACUUCCUUCAAGAGCCUAGUCGGGACUUGCUUAUGGGAUCGGGCCACCAAAUUCAAGCUCCCACCCCGGUCCUUGGUAUGAGUCAAAGGGUCUCAUUAAUUACUCAGUUGUUAGUGCCAUUGUCUAGGGCCUUCCUAUCACCUCACAGACCUCUUCUUUCCCCUCUUGAUCGUCUCGAGUUCUCCUCCCCGAGAAAGUUUGUCGAUACUCGAGGUGGACGGAUUACUUGUCCGCUGCUGUCGUCGUCACGGACAAUUGAUGACGAGGGCUUAGUCACAUAGUCAAAACAUCGAAUAUCAAAAUAUUAACUUCCACCGGCACGUUGUUGUCGACUGAU